AUGGAGAGGCGAUACUCGCCUGUAUCACGGGAUAUGCCUGUGUCUGAGGUGGUCUUUCCUUCCCGCGCGACGGAGUCGUGGGAGGUGGCUCCUGGGGGCCUCUGCAGAACGCCUAAAGCAGUGAUUGGCUCGCUUCCCCGACCUGCCCCUCCUGUGCAGCUCGCGACUGCUGGCGGAGGAUCCUCCCUGGUGCCGGAGUGCCCUCCGUGCACAUUUGCUUCUCCCCUCAUUUCGGAAAGCUUCGGCGAAUGGGGCAGUGGCGAUAUGUGUUCGAGCCCUGCUGGCGUUCGCGGGUUGCUGGAGGGGGGCGACGCAUCGGGAGUUGUGGGGUCUCCUUCGCUGCCUGCCAGUUUGCUGCUUGCGUCAGCGAAUAGCGCAUACACGAAGCUGCGGGCUGGGGGGGAGGCGAGGUGUCUGCGGGAGGCGCCUUUAGGUAUCCCUAGCGCCUCGUCCUCUCUGCCUGCGGGACCGGAGGAGAGUGCGGCUCUUCUCGGAGGUGCUGCUGAGCGACAGCAAGGCGCUCAGGGGGGUGGAGGCGGCCCCCCGAGUGGCGGUGGGGGCGGAAGUGCGGGGGCAGUUCGACUGGGUAUGGGCAUGUCGGCUGCAUGCGCCCUUUCAUACGAGGGGUUUGACGGAUUCUCCCCUGUGUUGCCAGGGGUCGAAGCCUCCUCCAUGUGGGGAGCGGCUGCGGGGCCCCAAGCGCUGCGGCGCCAUGCUGCUUUGGAUCUGCAUGCGCCUCCCGGCUACGAAGCUCUAGGAUUUGGCGGAGGGGCGGGGGGGGGAGGAGCGCUCGAGGCGCGCGUCGCUGCUGCUGAGCAAGAGGCCCUUUUGCAAGACCUCACGGCGCAUCAGCGAGUUGUAGGGAGGGCAGGCGAAGAAGGCUCGGGGACGGCGGCGGGAGGGGCGUGUGGAGGCGGAGGAGGGACGCUUUUGUAUGAGCAGCAGCAGCAGCAGUUGCAGCAGCAAGACACUGCGCCUUGUGGGAAUUUUGACGGAAGGCGACCCUCCAUAGCCCUCGCUGCCGUGGCACAGGUGGCGCGAGAGAAAAUGCGUGUGCGGAAACCGCGGAGUCAGAGAGGGCCUCUGGGGCUUGGAGCAGCAGCGUCCUCUCUGGAGUCGGCCCCUAAUAUGCCCGUCAUGGGUUUCGCUUCCGAGGUUCUUGUGGGGGGGGGCGGUCAGGGGGGAGGAGGAGCAGGAGUCGCCUGUCCGGCACCCCUGCCUCCAAUUCCUUCGGAGAACGAUGUGGAUGGGGAUCGUAGGGAGCGUCUUGUGUCGAUCUCGUCCGGCCUGCAGAAAUUGCAUGAAGAAGCAGCUGCAUUUGUAUCUUUGCUGUACGAUGCGAUCUUUGACGAAAGGCCCGUAUGGAGGGUUCCGUUUUCUGUGGGUGGCGGUAGAGGCUUGCCCCGUCCGCAAUUGCAGUUGGCGGAUCUAGCAGUGCGUGUUCAUUCCCCUAGGUGCAGUCGCAGGCAGCUUCUGGAUCCUCAGCUGCUGGGGUCUCGAACGCCGCAGGACCAGCCCGUAUUCGAUGCAGGCACAGGUCCGGGUGACGUGCUGCGGCAGCUGACGGCUUUGAAGAGCUGCCUUGGGGGGUUCGCGUUGACUGUGGAGAGCCUUCAGGUGUGUGUUGCGGGUGUCGAUCGGGUGUCGUGUUCCGUUAGAGGGGCGUUGAUGAUUGGGCAGGGCGGAUCUCGAUGCCCCGACGAUAACUGCGUGGCGGGAGGGGGGGGUAGCCAGCGCGAGGAGGGGGGCGGGAGGAGUAUGCCCGCCUCCGUUACUGCCGUUGCUGGCAGUGGGGGUGGCAGUUCUGUUCAGGAAGGUAUUCAGAAAGUGGGUCGUUUUUCGCACUUCUUGACGUUGCGGCCGAGGCCCCCGCCGGCAGCUGAGACGGCGGGUUCUCUGGGGGAAAGCGGAGAAGCUGGAGGGAAGCGGGUAGGAGGAGUGGACGCGUGCCACCCGGUCUCUUCAGGUUCUGCGGCGAUGUGUUCUCCGUUUAUCAUCGAGUCUGAAGUCUUUGUGGCACUGACGGCCUCUGAAAGUGGAGGGAUUCCCUUGUCGGCACAGGUCUGUGGGGUCACCUCUCUUCUGCAGGAGUUGGAUUUCGGCAAUAGAGGCAUCAAGGCAUUCGACGCAGGCUUUGGGGCAGGAAACCUCGCACCCGCCCCCCUCUCAGCACAAGCAGGUCUUAGGAGCAUUGUGGGACGGCUUCAUGGAGGGCUUCCUGGCAGCCCAGAGCAGCAGAGCAGGAGCGUUUUAGGCCGUCUGCCCGCGAUGUUUAAAUCAGAAAUGGCGAUGGCGGCAGGACGGGGGGUCGGACUCUCUGGUCAGCUGAGAGAAGGCGUGCCUGACUGCGGCGACGCUCUCUCUAGAGGCCCAGCGGACUGCCCGGAGGAUGCCGUGUCGCAGCUGGUGUCGAGUUUGCGAGUUGAUGGGGGGCUGGGGCUGAUGGGCGUUCCUGGUGUUCAAGGUGUCUCACCAGAGGCUUUUGAGAGAACGGUUUUUGUCUCCUGGAUCCCGAGAGCUGCGAGGGCGCACACACUCUCCGGAAAGGAGGCCGCCGAAGAGAAGCUAAAGACGGUCUUGACUGGCGACCUCGGCAUCUGCGGAAUCGAGCGCGUUCUUGUGUUUCCUCCACGUGGUUCGCAUUGUUGCAUCUCCUUCUGCAGCUCGGAUGCCUCUAUGGCGUUCUUGUUAGAGUAUGCUGGGGGUACUUUCACCCCAAACACCGAAAAGUUUAAAAGGAGAAUCUGUGCUUCCUUCAAUGUUGAAUUUGAUCGAGGGAUCCAGCGCGUCUUUAUCCGCAUUGAGGGUGUCAGGCUUAUGCCGCAGCCCACCACUACUGGAAGACCUGCUGAUGUUGACCUCAGAGGAACGCCAUGGCCAGUUUCGUGGAGCGGCUGUAUAUGGGCACGGCGGUUGGAUCCCAAUGACAGAUCAAAAAGCAAAUACGACGAGUUCCAAUCAACGACAGAGCCGAUUUGCGUUGAUCUGCCCAUGAUGGGGCUUGUGUUUGGAAGGGCAGCUCCCAGGGCGGGGCUACCCAAAGCUAGUUGCAGCUUCUGUAUAGACCAAGACUAUCGGGAAGGAGCGUUUCAUUGCCAGUUACAAGAUGCUGCGCAAUUAAGUGACAUUGCUAAUGCCUUCGCCUUAAAACUGACACUCCUAUAUAGUGUGGUCGACACCAAACGGAUGAGCGGUUUCCAGGCAUUACGGGGGGACACGUCGGAAGUAAGGUGCAAAGUCGGGUGGGGGGCGCUACCUGUUGCCUGGGGAAGGGCACAAACGCGAGAACUCCACGCACAGAGAAGUGAGGGAGAGAAGAAUCGGGAUUAA